CUCCCCAGCAGCCUUCUUUCCCCCCCCCCCCCCCCGCACACAGCGGGAUCUGAGGCCCGCGCUUCCGAGGGACAACUUGAAGCCACGCCUGCUCGCACCGCUCUUUGCCGGGCGGUUCCAACCGAAGUGAGCCCAGCCCUCGCCGCUCGUCCCUCGCCCUCCCCAACAAGAGCGCCCUCCCGUCUUAAAGCUCUACGCCACACUCCCUGCGUCCUAGCGGGCGGGGCUCUGAGAAGCGAGCCGUGGAGUGGAAGGCGGAAGAAUGGCAGACUCCUCGGAGCGGAGCGAGGAGAAGCCUGUGGUGACUAGUGCCCAUGGUGGUGCCAAGCCAAAAGUAAAGAAAGUACAAGGAGGAAGAGUGGUUGAAUCCCGAUACCUGCAAUAUGAGAAGAAAACUAAGGAGGUGUCCAUGUCAGCCAAAGGAGAGAAGCCCUCUCAAGGAAGGCAGGCCAGUGCAGGGCCUAGGAGCAAAGAAGAAAGGCAGCUGAUGGGAACAGAAGACCUGCAGUCCACCAUGCUGGAAGGGCACGGCACAGCUCUACCAGACCUAGACCUCUCAGCCAUCAAAGAGAAAAGCAUGUUUCAGAAAGCUCCCCAGAUAGAUAGGACAAUGCUAAAGAAAGCCGAGCCUGCAUCCUUUACCACCCAUGAGAAAAAGAUCGUGCCUCGAAAGAAGAAACGGGAUCUACAGGAGACCAUGGACAUAAUGGAGUCACAGACGCUGUUGCUGACCCUGCUGUCUGUGAAGAUGGAGAAGAACCUGGCUCUACUGGAGGAGAAGGCUGAGAAGGACUUGGCAACUGUGUACCAUGAGAGGGAAAGGCUGAAGAGGCAGGUGCUGGAGCUGCGGCACCAGCUGCUGCUCGGGCAGAAACAGGAGGAGCUGUCCACCUUCCUUGAUGCUCAGAUCGAGUUGCUGAGCCCUCUUGCGGCUGUGGCAGAACACUUCAAGGAGCAGUACAGGAAACUGGCCAUAGCCCUGGAUACCACUCGACAUGAGCUGCCUGUGCAGGCCAUCCACAUGCAGGGAAGUGGGCGGGAGCUCCUAGAUGAUCUGGAGCCAGCCCUGAGGACCACCCUGCAGCUCCUGGGUGAGCUGGGCAUCUCCUCCCCAGAUGCCAGCACACAGGUGCAGUGCCUGCUGGAGGAGUUCAAGGACUUGGUGGCCAAAAGGGACCUGGAACUCCAGAGGCUCGUCAGCCAGCUGGAUGAACUUUCCUCUCAGGCUAGUAAAGAAGCAGCCUUGAUGAACCAGGAAGUCUGGGAAGAGGCGCAAGGCACCCCCACCUGCAGCCAAUGGUACUUCAGUAGAUACCCUGAGGGACCACAGCCCCCUCCCACGACAGGAUGAAUCACAGAGCAGGCCUUGAGUGCUGUAGGCAUCCCCUUCUAGCCCCCAACCCCGACUCCCACCCCACACUUCGGGAAUAUUUCCCAACUGCCUUUUCUGCUCAUUGACAUUUCCUCAUGCUAUGUCUUCAAAGAUUGAAAUUCAGCAAUUCAGUGUAGCUGGUCUUUAUAGGUUCUUAUUUUCCCAUUCUUUACUCUCCUUCCCCCAUUUCACCACCUAUCACUAGAUAGGAGAGAAAAGAUAUAGGGGAGAGGCCAAGGCUUUCAGGAGACCUGUCCUGCUAAAUUCUUAUCUUUAUCAGUUUUGAUGGAUUCCAUUUCCUAUGGAAAUAAAAGCAAGUUCAUGUCCCCAGCACACAACUUUGACUGGCUUCCAUUCUGAUGUUCCCACACCCAUUUGCUACUUUUUGGGUUCUUCUCUCUUCCACCCUUCUCCUCCCCUUUUCUUCUUUUCCAACCCCCUAACAUUACAUAAGAGAGAAAAAAGGAUAGAGAGGAAGGGAAAGUGCUCCCUGAAUAAAUUCAAGGGUGGGAAAGGGGUCAAUGUUAUCAUUAGACUACUUGCUGCUGAUUAGAGACAUCGAGUUCCUUGGGCCAAGUUUGAGCUUUGCCAUCAGGGUAUCUAAUUUCUUCUUGUUGUUGUUUUUUCUUUGUGCACAACUACUUAAACUUCUACCAAAACAACCAACAACCCACCCCACCCACUAGGACCCUAGCAUUUAUAUAUUCUCUGAAAAGUCCCCAGAAUUACAAAUGUCACACACUCGGCAGGAACUACUAUCGGCAGCUGGUAAAAUCACGCCUCUGCUAGAGCAGGAGGCAAAUCAUAGUCAGCUGCUGUGAAGCAGCCCCACAUCCCACACCUGGGAUUAAAGUGAAAACAUUCCCAUAA